UUUUUUAGCAAAAAAUAAUCACAUUUAAAAUGGUUUCAACGAUUCAUUUGCCGGAUAUAAAAUUCACUCAAUUAUUUAUUGAUGGACAAUUUUGUAAUUCUAGCAAUGGACAAACAUUCGAAUCAAUUUGUCCAUACACUGAUAGUAUAAUUGCACGUUUACAACAAGCAUCAAAAGAAGAUGUUGAUCGUACUGUAAUGGUAGCACGUCGUGCAUUCAAUCAUUGGAAAUCUGUUCCAUCACCCGAAAGAGGAAAAUAUCUUUAUCGAUUAGCAGAUUUGAUUGAACAAAAUCAUCAACAUUUGGCGGCAUUAGAUUCAUUAGAGAAUGGUAUACCGAUUCGAGAAAUGUUACAUACAUCUUAUGCAUCGGCAGAAAUAUUUCGUUUCUAUGCUGGUAUUGCUGAUAAAAUUAAAGGUGAAACUUUACCGACUGCUUGUGGUGAUGAUCUUAUGACAAUGACCGUUCGUAUGCCAUUGGGUGUUUGUGCCAUCAUUAUUCCAUGGAAUAGUCCAACAUUGAUGCUGGCCAAAACGGUAGCUCCAUCGUUGGCUGCCGGUAAUACUGUCAUUGUUAAACCGGCCGAACAAACAUCAUUAUCAGCAUUGUUCAUUGCACAUUUAACCACAUUAAUCGAUGGAUUUCCACCUGGUAUAUUUAAUGUUCUUACUGGUGAUGGUCAUGGUGUCGGCUCUCCUCUUGCCGAACAUAUGGACAUUGAUAAGAUAACAUUUACUGGGUCGACAGAAGUUGGUCAAUCGAUAAUGGCUGCUUCAGCUCGUACUAAUCUGAAACGUGUAACACUUGAAUUAGGAGGAAAAAAUCCUUUAGUUGUAUUCGAUGAUGUACCUGAUAUUGAAAAAGCUGCACGAUUGGCAACGAAUGCUAUAUUCGUAUCGAAUGGACAAGUUUGCUGUUGUGGCAGUCGAACCUAUGUUCAAGAAAAAAUCUAUGAUCAAUUUGUCGAGGCAUGUGUUCGAUUUGCCCGUGAUCGAAUAGUAGGUAAUCCAUUGGACAUAAAUACUGAACAUGGACCACAAGUUGAUCAACAAUCAAUUGAUAAAAUAAUCAGAAUGUUUCAAAGUGGUAUCGAUCAGGGAGCACGAUUAAUGAUAGGUGGUAAACCGGGCACUGUAAAAUCAUUGCCCACUGGUCAUAAUUCCAGUGUACGUUAUUUUAUUCAACCGACCGUAUUUGCCGAUGUGAAUGAACAAAUGCAAAUUGGUUGUGAAGAGAUAUUUGGUCCUGUUCAAUGUAUUAUGAAAUUUAAGACAUUGGAUGAAAUCAUCGAACGAGCUAAUCAAAAUAAAUUUGGUUUAGGUGCAGGAGUGUUAACUCCGAAUAUUAAUCGUGCCUUACGAUUUGCUCGUGAAGUACGUGCCGGUACUUGUUGGGUUAAUUGUUUUUUCGUUGUUCGACCGCAAACACCGUUCGGUGGUUUUCGUAUGUCGGGAUUUGGCCGAGAAUUUGGCGAAGAAGCAAUGAAAGAAUAUAUGGAAACUAAAACAAUAUCAAUUAAUUUAAAAAUGGAUAAUGAAUAUUUAUUUGGAUGAAUUUUUGAAAUAAAUUACAUUGAUUAAAGAUCGAAUUAUAUUUUUAAA